CAUUUGUGUGGAAAUCACUACAACCUAACGGCUAGUUGCAGUGUAUUUUUGUUAAGUGCUAACCAUCGAGUGCAUCAUCUAUUCCGGUUUCAAUUGAUAACUGUGAUGGGAUACGUGCGAAGAACUGUCGUCCUUUUGCUGCUUCUGCUAGGUGUUACAGUUCGGGAAUUUUCACUGUUGGUAGCCGGCCGCAUUGUCGGUGAUAAUGUUGCAGGCUCGAACGUAUUGUAUACCGACACACCUGCAUUGCUGUCACAGGCAGUCGAUCAAACGACUCCAAUGCAUACGGCCGUAGGUGAACCACCGAUUCCAAUCGGUGCUCUGGAAGGUGUGGGAAGUGUAUUCAAACCUACGAACCUUCCCAAUGCCGACCAUCAACUGGGUAGUGAUAGCAAUGGAGCCACAGAACCAUCUGCCACGGUGCCAAUGGGUUCAAGUAGCUCACCGAUCUCAUCUUUCAUACCGAUCGGUGGUUCUGGUGUUACCGUGAGCGUGAACGGAGGAUCAAUAUCCAGCACCAGCACUAUCUCAGCCACGUCCUCAUCAACCGUCCCACCGACCACAACGUCCAGCACGUCGAGCACGAGCACGACACAAACGUCCACUACGACUACCUCCACCAGCGCACCGAACGCGGUUGGUGUUCCACCAGUCACCUUAACGUCAGGCAAUGCUCGUCCCGUUCCGGCUACACCGUCAAUCGAAUGUUAUCACGCCCAACCAGAACUGUGCGCGGAGAGAAAGGUCGGAGAUUGUGAGUGUAGCAUCGAUCCACUGGUUCCGACCGCCCUAUACUGUUGCAACGUAACCGACAUUAACAAAGCGAUCGGCUGCGUUACGAACGCACCAGAAACGGCCAACUGGAAGUAUCUGCACAUGCGUAAUGUGACUGUGCGCGAGCUGGCACUGAACGUGUCGAAUCGAUACAUCAAGACGCUACUAUCGCUCGCCAUUACCGAUGGCACGAUUCAGCGCAUCAGUACAUCGUUUGCCCGGUUUUCGUCACCCGUCUGCCUGAACGUGUCCAACAACAAUAUCAGCGAGAUUGAGCCACGCGCAUUUCGCGAGCUGCGCAAUCUCACCAUGCUCGAUCUGUCGUACAACAAUCUGUCCACCAUACCGUCCACGAACGGGAAGUUCCGGCUCGAUAUACGCGGUAACGUUGGGAUGCUGUGCAAGUCCUUGCUGGAAUCGCUUAAAAGUGGUGUCAAAUUUAAGGAUCCGGAAUCAACCUUCUGCCUAACGAAUCGCACCUUCAACUGGUUUAAUUCGACGGACAGUUUGCCGCUGCACCAGCUCGAAACGAUCCAGCGCGUGCAGGACGAAUGUCCGGAAAACUGUACCUGUGAGCUGGAUCGGUUAAAUUUCGAUCUGAACAACACGGAGCGUAAAACGAUCACAACGCGUGUCGCCUGUACCGGGCUCGGGUUGACCAAGUUCCCCGAUCGACUACCGGCUGGUACGGUAACGCUCAACAUCUCCAAUAACAAUAUAACCAGCCUGGAGGCGUUAAAUACACCGCCGUACCAGUCGCUGCUGCGUCUACACGCCGACGACAAUCAAAUAAGCUCGCUGAGCGACCUGGAGGGUAUGGAUUUUAUCUCCCGCUUUACCUUGUUUUCGAUACGGCGCAACAAGCUAAAGACCGUCCAGUCGUACAUCUUCACCAAAUCGCUCGAUCUCGGUUCGUACAUCUUUCUCGAGGGUAACCCGAUGACGUGUGACUGUAACGCCGCGAAAGGGUUCAAAAAUUGGUUACUCAGCCGCAAGGCGCAGGUGCCCGACCACGAGGAUAUCUUCUGCGAGGGUAAUACGAACCUGCCGCAGCUGGUGACGAUACAGGAGAGCAAACUGUGCCAGUCACAGCACGACUGGACCGACUACAUCUACUAUCUGAUUGCGACCGAGAUACUGCUGUUGCUGGCACUCGUCUGCAAGGUUUCGUACGACUACUGGGUAUUUAAGACGGCCGGUUAUUUACCGUGGCCGGCCAACAAGAUGCCCAAGCUACCGUGCGAUUGUUUGUGCGAAUAGGUGACCGGCACGAUGAAGAGAAUAUCUGUACCAAUUUCUUCAUUUUUGUUGUUUAAACUCUCUUUUAAUGUUUCUCUCAUCAACUGUGAUAAAGAAAACAAACGGGCCUUCUGUGGGGCGAUACUUUGAGCCUUCCACUAUUUGCUAACCCUAUCGAUAUUAGCGGCGUUUUGGUUUACAAAGCCAAACAAAACAAAAAAAAAACAAUACAUCCAUCUUUAAAAAAAUAUAAAAUCAAUGUUUUCUGUUCAAUUAUGUCUAAGGUUAGCUAAGCCUUCAGUGAUACUGCACGUGACUUUCUCAUAUGACCGAAGAUACGAAACUAUAGAACAAAUAAAUAAGCGACUUUACACACAUACAUUAUAGAAGUUUAAGAUUUUUGCUGUUAAUUGUGUCUUUUU